AAUCGCUGUUCGAAUGUCGACGCGGGGCCACUGCGGGACUUUUCGCCUCUAAAUAGCGGCGUUUGGACUACUGUCGAGCGGUUGUCAACGGCGCGUUAGCGACGGGAGCGCUGUGCUCAGUGUGCUGUUGUUGCCUCGCGAUGCGUUAGCUGAGCCUGACAACUGUUUUUGUUUGAUUUUUGGUGCGCUUCUAGCGACGACGUCGGUUUAAAGCCACGGCUUUGACGACACACGACGCCACAAAGCCCAGCGACGCAGUGGCGUCACGGUUAAUGGCCAUUACGGGGAGAGCCGUUGACCUUGUUUCCAUUUAACUGAAUAUGAACGCAUAUGUAGGGGGCUGCUACCGCUUUGUAUUUUUUGCACGGUCUAUGCAAAGAAGGCGACAACUGUCGAUAUUCUCACGAUCUGACCAACAGCAAGCCGGCCGGAGCCAUGCUUUGCAAGUUCUACCAGAAGGGAAACUGCGCGUUUGGGGAGCGGUGCAGGUUCGAACAUCACAGUCCGUCACAAGACGAGCUGCCGACACCUGAGCCAUUGCCUUCCACCUCCCGAGCCAGCCAGCCCGAUCCGGAGCUCAGUGGGUCGACGCCUGGCCUAGGGGCACAAGAUUGGGUCAAUGCUGCGGAAUUUGUGCCGGGGCAGCCGUACUGCGGGCGUGCGGAGUCGGUGAACGUGCGGAGCUCCGUCCCCCUCAUCGAGGAGUUGGACAGCGACGGCAAAGAGUUAAGGAAGCAGCUGUGUCCGUACGCCACCGUCGGCGAGUGCCGCUACGGCCUCAACUGCGUCUAUCUGCACGGCGACGUGUGCGACAUGUGCGGCCUUCAGGUGCUGCACCCCACAGACAACAACCAGCGCUCAGACCACACCAAGGCGUGCAUCGAGGCCCACGAGAAAGACAUGGAGAUCUCGUUUGCUGUCCAACGCAGCAAAGACAUGAUGUGCGGCGUGUGCAUGGAGGUGGUGUUCGAGAAAAGCAACCCGAGCGAGCGCCGCUUCGGCAUCCUCUCCAACUGCAGCCACUGCUACUGUCUAAAGUGCAUCCGUAGGUGGCGAAGCGCCCGGCAGUUUGAGAGCAGAAUCAUCAAAUCUUGCCCAGAAUGUCGAAUCACAUCCAACUUUGUCAUCCCGAGCGAAUUCUGGGUGGAAGAUAAGGAGGAAAAGCAGAAACUCAUCCAGACGUACAAGGAAGGCAUGGGGGGUAAACCGUGUCGAUACUUCGACGAGGGCCGCGGAACGUGUCCUUUCGGCUCCAACUGCUUCUACAAGCACGCUUUUCCUGACGGGCGUCUGGAGGAGGUUCAGCCUCCGCGGCGGCAGACCGGGUCCAACAGCAGAAACCGGAGCUCACGACACACGCGCCUCUGGGACAUCCUGGACGAGCGAGAAAGCGGUGACUCGUUCGACAAUGACGACGAGGAGAUGGUCACGUUCGAGCUGAGCGAGAUGCUCCUCAUGCUACUCGCCGCCGGCACCGACGAAGAGGUGACUGACUCCGAGGACGAGUGGGACUUGUUUCACGAGGAAUUGGAUGAUUUUUACGAAAUUUACCUAUAGCUACCCCCCAAUUCCCGUGCCCACCCCCACAUACUUGCAUAUCUCCCAACCCCUAUUAAAUAUAUAUACUAAACCCUAGAAUGGACUGUCUUGUGCGAGUGAUGGACAGUAGAUCCACCCCCUCCCCUAAACUUGUAUUGUGGCAGUGCCUUCAAGCAGGCCAUUAAUAAAUAUGAACUAAAAAAAAAUGGUGCACUUGUGCUUAAAAAAAAAAAAAAAAAAAAAAAAAAAAACCUCGAUUCCUGUGACUUAUCCCUUGUUGUCCAAGCAAAAAUGAAUGAACAAAAACUUUAUUGGAAUCUCGUUGACGCAAGUUUAUUUGUGGGCGUCGGCUUCACGCGUUGAUCACCUACCCAGGUUUGUACAUAGGUCUGCUACUCUUCGAGGAUGCACAUUAACUUAAAAUUUAUUCCAAUUGCGACGGGCAUGUUGUACGAUUUGACCCUCCCACAUUUACUGAAGCUGUUUAUAGCUUAUAUAUUGUGCUAACUAUUAACCGUACCCACGUUCCCGGUGUACUCGGUAUUUUACUGUCCCGCCACGACUGUUUUUGUCAACGAUCAAAAGGCGUGUAGAUCACUACGCUAAAUUGUUGGUUUGUUAAACCUGUUGCCGAUCCAUUUGCACCUUAAGUCACUGAGCAGCUCACAAGCAUCUUCAAAUACCCUGACCCCUUCAUUUCAUGAAGUGCAAUAUUCUACAAUCUACUGACUUUAAAUGUUGUAAUGAACUUAAAAGAGAGGGAUGUGAUCCUUCCUCAGAUUCAGGCUCAAAAGUACAACGGGGGAAGGGGGGGAGAAUGGGGGCCACUAUUGGGCUUUAAUGCCCAUAUUUUUAUCCUACACGUUUGAACUGUACUCGUGAAAUGUUUCUCCGCUCCCCCCGGUAGCUGGUUUCAACCUGUUGAACUCCGUUGGAAUGCAUAUGUUUAUACUGAAAUGUGUGUUUUCUAUGUUCCACGGCCAUCCAUCUUAACUUGAAAUUAAAAGUUUAUUAUCAAUA